GAUAUGGCAUGACAUCAUCGCGGCAUCUGGGAACGGAAGUGGGCGGGGCCAAAGGCGCGAAGGUUUCCUUGUGUUACACAGCGAAGAGAGGGUAACCGUCCUUCUUCCCCUAUUCCUGGAAUCGACCCUGUAGGCAGCUUCAUGGAGUUCCCAGAUCUAGGAGCCCACUGCACGGAGCCCUCCUGCAAGCGCCUGGACUUCCUUCCCUUGAAAUGUGAUGCUUGUGAACAGCUAUUCUGCACUGACCAUAUUGCCUAUGCCCAUCAUAACUGCACUUCAGCGUACAAGAAGGAUAUACAGGUUCCUGUUUGUCCAUUGUGCAGUACACCCAUCCCUGUGAAGCGAGGAGAAAUGCCUGAUAUUGUAGUGGGAGCCCAUAUAGAUCAAGACUGCAAAUCAGACCCAGCACAGCGUAAGAGAAAGAUUUUCACCAACAAGUGUCAGCGCCCUGGCUGCAAACAACGGGAAAUGAUGAAGGUGCUCUGUGACCAAUGUCAUGGCAACUUCUGCCUCAAACACCGGCAUCCCCUGGACCAUGACUGUAAUGGGACUGGGCGUUCACUCUCCAAAGCCGGGAAUGCUGCCAUAGCCAGGGCUCCAAAAUCUGCCAAAGAACCUGUAAACACUACAUGUGGCGCAGCCAUGAGGUCUCAUGUCAGCCAACCAACCUCCAGCAGAUCAAGUGAGACAGUAAGAGCCCCUCAGCCACAAAGCCCGACUAUACCUGUUGUUGCUUUGCAGAACGGUUUGAGUGAAGAGGAAGCCUUACAGCGAGCCUUGGAGAUGUCUCUGGCAGAAACAGCGGCCGUCCAACCACAGCGCUGCAGGUAUGAUAGCCAGUAGAAAUGAACAGAGUUAUACUUACCAUGAAAGGUCCUCUCCGAGUUGUUUUUUUAUUGCAGAUUUUUCAUUAUCCAAACUAGGUAACAUGAUCAGUGCUAGUCUGACUAGCACUGAUCAUUUUACAUAGUUUGGGUAAUGAAAAAUCUGCAACAAAACAAUCAAGCUCAGAGAACACCAAGGACCCCUCAUUUCAACCUUGAACUAAAAUAUUCUCUUUUAUUGUACUACCAUGCCGGCUACUUACUGAGAAGUUACUGGGGUGUGAGACGGGGGAGGGGACUUCAAAGACAGGUGCUCAAAUUGUGCAGCAGAUUGCCUCUGAUCCAGUGCAGAUCUAUUGAGAUCAAGCCCAGCUUUCUGUAUCUAACCCUUGGGGUUGAAGGUGAGCAUUCAUAGCACUCGGUCCUAAUCAGGCCUUCUGAACAAUAAACAUAAACAAAGACUCCAUUUAAAGAUCACCCAAUUUGCCAACGGUGGGAUGACUAUGUCAGUAAGGGGAAAAUAUAUUUUAAAGACUGUCCAGUUCUUUUUGACCUUGUUCUAACAGCACCAAGGAGGAGGGACCUGGCACUGGCUCGAGCGCUUUCAGCUAGUGAGGAAGAAUAUCAACAACAGCAACAACGGCAACAAGCUCGAAGCACAAAGCCAUCCAAUUGCUGCUUAUCCUGAGCAUCACCAGAAUCAAUCGACCUGGAAAUCAUCUGUGACCAUUCUGGGGCUUCCUUUAUGCUUCCUGGUUUACCACUGGGGCACUCUCAGAAGUACUAGCAAUGAACCAAAGACUGAAUCCCUGCCCAGAUCUUGCAAAGACCCUCUUUGCACCCGACUGCUGCCACUUGCACUAGGACUGUGUCUGUGCCUUCUGAGACAGCUGGCACCAUUUCUCCCAUUGGACAAGGCACCAGUGAUUACUGCUGUAAGGUCCCCAAUCCUUGUCAUUUUUAAUUGGCUUCCAAUGAUGUGCUGCGCUGGGAAUAUUUCACAGCAGAGAAUGAAGGACUUAACUUACUGUCGUCCUCCAAUCUGUUUUUGUCUCUAGCACAUUUGGACAGUAGGUGGUGUAAAUGCUUUCAUAGGAGGGAUUUUCGCUACCUCCUCCUGCUCUGCUGCUUCUUGAAAAAUAAGGGGAAGAUAUCUCACUAUAGCCACUCUUUUGAAGUUUCUAUAUCAAAUAAACAUCUUAACUGCUAGUUGGGAUUCCUAAGAUUACACCACCAAAGCAAGGGAAGGAACUGCCUCCAGGGUCUGAUCAAUGUAAUCCUUUACUUGCUGGGAGCUGACAACUAAAUCUUCUCACAUUGAGUGUCUUGAAUGUUACUGCCAGCCCAUUGCCCCGUUCUCUGACACUCAUCACCCUCUGAGAAAAGCAGCCAAAGAUCAGCCUUGAAGAAAUGAGUAACCAACUUCCAGUACAUAGCCAGUUGCUUUAGAUUGCAUGAAACAGAGCUGAAUGGCCCUAGGUGACUCCCAUUCUUCAGUGAACCUGUGGGUAAUUGUUUUCUAUUCGAUGCAUGUUUGGUUGGGACCACCACCUGCCAGCUGUCACUUGGCUCCUCCCUCUCUUGGCAGGUCCCUGGCAUUAUCCAACAUUCUGUGCCUUCGCUUACAGGGUCAAAGCAGGGAAGGUUAUUCGAAACUGGCGGGAACCAAUAAAUUGACAGACAGAAAGAGCUCAUCCUUUGCUUUCAUUGGGUUAAGUUUUCUGCCUUUGCAAUGGGAUUUAGGCUUCUUUUCCCACCCCCUUCUUCUUCUGUAUGUUCCCAGUUCUGUUCUGAAUGCCAUUCCGUUCUCUGCAGCAAUUUGGGACUACAAGGAAUUCAUUAAAUCCAUUGGUAGUAUUUGUGCAGUGGAUACAGCAAAUCUUCUUUCAAGUACAUAUCUUUAGGAAUAUCAGGAAAUAAUUAUUUUGAUUUGUUCUGAAACUGCCUGUACUGGGAAUUAAUGAACUGCAACAUUUGGUAGGACAGCUCCUUACUAGAUAAAAUUGAUGGCAUUUGUUUCACUGACGAAACUAUUCUAGCCCAGGUACUAGGGUAGAAAGGUUUCUUAAAUGCAGCAUAUUUCCAGACUUACUUAAUGCAAGGCUAAUUUAAGUUAUCAAGAAUUAUCUGAUCUGGCCUCCUGAUUUGAAAGUCAUACAUCUCCUUUAUAAGCAUGCCUACAAAUUAUGCACUAGAAUAAAUACAAUAUUUUAGUUUGCAAGUAAAAGGCCUUUGUGCAACCUAUAAAACCUAUAAGGACUUUUUUAUCAUGGAAUCAGUCUACCUUUGCAAUUGCAAAAUGGAGCAAGAAUCAAAUUUCUCCAUGUGUAUGUACAUGCACAGAGAGAGAUGUGAAGUUAGAUUUCGUGAAAGAAGAAAGCUUCACCUUUGUGUACACUGAUUUGGAAAGCUUGUAUUGUGCAACGCGGAGUUUACUUUUCAAUAAAUAUGCAUGGGUAUGGGCAAGAUCUUAUUUAUGUUGUAGACAUUGGGCCAUUUUAAACAGAGUUUCAAAUUGUACUUUUAAAAGUCCAACUCAAAUGAAUCUUUACAAAUAUU